UGUGCACAGGGCCAAGAAAUCUAAAUGCCUAAUAACAGUUUCUAUUGUCUGUUUAUUUUACAGAACUUCCUCACUAUAGUGGACGUAAUCUCAUCAGUGAACGCAGUACCUGUAUGGACACAGCUAAAUCAAGCGGACGCUAGCCAAGGCAACAGCUCUCAACUCCUGAACUCCAUUGAAAGUGUUCUAAAAGCAACAUCAGACACCGACUUCAACAUAAUAAGUCCUUCUAAUUCCUUCCUGUUCAAAAAGGUUACAACAUCAACCCAAGACUUUAGAGAAGAAUUAAAGCUCAACUCAACGGCUACGAUAUACAUCCCAGAUCUAACAGCCACUCAAAAAAAUGUCACAAUCACAGCAGUGGCCUUCUCCUCCCUGGGCAACAUCAUGCCUGCAAGAAAUCGCACCGAUACACUGAACGAGACUGAAAACGUCAUCAAUGGACUCAUUGUGGUGGUGAACACUAGUGUGACGCUUAACAACAUACAGCUGACCUUUGAAAAACUCAGCAAUUCCACCACUCGUAAUAAUGAAACAGUCGUUUUAGGGAACCUCCAAUGUGUUUUCUGGCAAUUUAACCUUUUUAAUGGCAGUGGGGGAUGGGACUCAACAGGAUGCUAUCCUACGGUGGUAAACGGCACUGAUACUUGUCAAUGCAAUCACACCACUUCAUUCUCAAUUCUGAUGUCCCCUUACGUUCCUGAAGAUCUUGCGUUGUCUGUUAUCACGUAUGUUGGUGUCACCAUUUCGAUGGCCAGUUUGGUAGUUUGCCUGAUCAUCGAAAUGAUCACCUGGAAGGGUGUAACCAGAAACGCUACAUCACACAUUCGGCAUGUAUCCUUAGUCAACAUUGCCCUUUCUCUACUGAUCGCUGACAUUUGCUUCAUUAUCGGCGCUGCAGUUGUUAAUCCCGGACAGGAUUUCAUGAAGUCUUGUAGUGCUGCGGUAUUCUUCACCCACUUCUUCUACCUGGCCCUCUUCUUCUGGAUGAUGGUCUCUUCAGUUCUGCUCCUCUACCGCACCACAAUGGUCUUCUCUACCAUUUCCAAAACCAUCAUGAUGGUAUCUGCUUUCAGUGUGGGCUACGGUGCACCUCUCCUCAUCGCGGUUAUUACUGUUGCCUCCACCGCUGGGAAUAACAGAUAUGUCACACAGAAUGGAGCAUGCUGGCUGAAUUGGGAUCAAUCCAGAGCUCUUCUGGCUUUCGUCCUGCCGGCUCUGGUCAUUGUUGUUGUCAACAUUAUUGUUGUUGUGAUAGUUGUGGUGAAAAUGGUCAGGAGUGGAGUGGGAGAAAGCAACAGGGACGAAAAGAACGUCUUGGUAGUCAUUCUCAGAUGUGUGGCCAUUUUGACACCUCUCUUCGGGAUUACAUGGGGUCUCGGUUUGGGUAUCAUGAUUGACCCUAAAGCUUUGGCCAUCCACUACUUGUUUGCAAUCUUCAACUCUUUGCAGGGCUUCUUCAUAUUGGUUCUUGGAACGCUGAUGGAAAAGAAGGUUCGGGAGACACUUAAAACAAGACUGAGAAUCCGUAGAGCCACUGGUUCACAUGGCACCCGUACUUCCAGCUCUGGAUCCAAUUUCUACAGCAGUACCUCCAACAGAACGACUCUCACAGAUGUUAUUAACACACUUAUGAGACGAGGAAGGAAUGCAAGGGCCACUGGGAAUACUUCACACACCUCUAGAGCAUCAGAAAGUUUUCUGAAUGCUUAACUGGACAGACAGACGGCUUACUGAAAUGCAGAAUGCUUCUACAAACACAACUUCAUAAUGUAAUUGAUCAAUUUCUGUCUAGGUUUUUUUUAAACACAACCAUUAGUUUCUUACAAGUGAACCAGAUUGACAACAUCUACAGUUAAAUGCAAAAUGAUUGGCCCUCCUGUGAAAGUUUUAUUCUUUUUUCCUUUUCUAUUCUUAUUGUGAUGUUUAACGGAGCAAGGGCAUUUUCACAGUAUAUCCAGCAAUUUGUAACUUUUUGAUUAGUGGCUAAUUCGGAUGAAUUCAUACAAUCUAGUACGAUUUGCAUAUCCCCCAUUGAUGGAGGGGUUUAGGUGCCAUGCCUCCUUUUAAAAAUUGUAUAUUUUCGUACAACUGAAC